GUUUGGAAUACCAAUUAGCAUUUCUACAACAACCACAACCAUAGAAAAUACACGUUUGGCGCUUAAAGCUUUAUCAGAAUAGAUACUAUCAAAUGGGAUUUUCUUUACCAACAUUUACCUUUAUUGACGAAGAAAUGUCAAGAAAAAUGAAGGUUAGUUUGUUUAAUGAUUUAACUGUAGAAUUCUUAAUGGAUAUUGCUAAAACUCAAUGGGGAAUUACUGAUAGAACAUAUAUUAUUAUUACAUCAAAAAGAAACACAGUUUAUACAGGCAAUGUUGUGAUAGGUUCCAAUAUUAAAGCCAACUCUAAUGUGAUUCUUGCUAAAAGUAGUUAUAACCCAUUUGCAGAUUUAAACUUAUAACUUGGAUACUGAAAUGUAUUGUAGCCAUGGAUACCUUAUUUUCCAGUUACUGAUAUCUGCGUGGUCUUUAUACAGCGAUAUUCUGCAAGAAUAUUGAUAGAUGCACACGUUGUUAUGCGGGGUGCUAAAUGAGGAGACAAAUGUAUAGGAAUGCGCCGCAUUGUCGAUUAGAGUGACCAAGAGUGUCUAAAUAUUAUUUUUAUUAUUUCCUAGUUCCCCACAAUAAAAUUGUAUAUCUAACACUAAGCAAAAAAUAAAUGACAACACAUGGACGCUGUCAAAAAUAGUGCAAAAACGGGUGUAUUUGGUUCUGUUUUUUCUGCUAUUCUUCCUGGUUUGCUUUUGCUUUACAAUGCACUCACAUCUCAAAUAAUUUA